AUGAGAUUUCAGAAUAUCACAGUACUAUUUAUUUUCUCAACAGUUUUAGCUGUUUCCUAUGCUGACACCCUUAUCAGGUCUCUCCCGGUCCAAGAGGCUCGGAGAAACCAUUUGAAGGAGCUUAUCAAUGCUCACAAGCAGAAAAUUGCUGAACAAAAAAGAACGAUUGUUGUAUUUGAUGAGAAUGAGCCAAAAAAGAUCAAACAAGACAGAUCUAUUAUAGUUUUUAAAGAGCAGGAGGCUCCAAAGGAGAUUGAGAAGAAAAGAUCUAUUGUAGUUUUCGAUCAGCCCAUUCAAGAAGUGAAGCAUAGAGAGGAUAAGAAGACAAUGUUGUUGGGAUUCAAGAAUGGGAAAGCCACAAAUCAGAGAGAAACCAAGAACCGUGUGGACCGAAAGACAGUACUUUUAGGAUUCAAGAAUGGCGAGCUUCCAAAGGCUGAUGGAAACGUCUAUGUUGCUAAAGAUAAAGAAGAUAGACGUUAUGUCGGAACAAUUUUGAAGAACGGAGAAGCCGGACAAAAAAACGUCGCUGCUGCCAAAGAUAGGGAAGAUAGACGUUACGUUGGAACUAUUUUGAAGAACGGAGAAGCCGGACAAGAAGAAGUCAAGCAAAGAGAGGACAGAAAGACCGUACUUCUUGGGUUCAGAAAUGGAGAGGCCCAUCCAGUGAAACAUCGGGAGGACAAAACUAGACUAAUGAUUACUCUUAAGAAUGGGAAGGCUGCACCACACCCACAAGAAGCCAAGCAUCGUGAGGAUAAGAGAAAAAUCAUUGUUUUCAAGAAUGGAGAGGGAGACAAGCGUGCUCAAAAUGACGCACUUCUCAACGCUCUCGGUGAAAGAUACAACCAUUUGAAGGUUGCCAAAAGAGACACACUCAUCAGAUCUCUUCCAGUUGCUGAGAAAAAAGAGCAACAGUCGCUCGCUGCCGCUAAGAAGAAGGAUUCAGAGCUUUCGAAGAAUUUCAUGGAAGCUUUAAAAGCCUACCCAAAUCGCGGAACUGAUAAGGAGAAGGCUGCUUUUGCUGCCAAGCGUCGUGAGGCUAUUAGAGACUUUUUGAAGAAUAGAAGAGCGAUUUUCAAGCAAACCAGAUACGGAGAUUGGCCAGGGUUCCCACGCAAGAAGAGAGACAUCGCCGCCACCGUUGUCGGCGCCGCUGUCAGUAGUGUCGUUUCGAAUUUGAUGAAAAACGUGGAAGAGAGUGUUGUGCAGGCGGAGAGUGAGGCGGCGAAACAAGUGCAGGCUGAUUUGGAUUCGGAUCAGGGACGAAUUUUGGGUCAAGGCGAUUUUCAGAUGUUGGAUGGAGUCCAAGCUGACGUCGAGGUCAUCGUAGGAAACACUAAUGCUACAACAACCACCACCACUGCUCCUGCUGGCGAAAAGAAGGGAUUCUUCGCCACACUUUUCAACUCAUUCAAACUUUUCUUCGGAACCGUCACUAAUUCUGUCGGUGGAUUCUUCAUCGAUGUGGGAUCCCGUAUCACCAAUUUCGUGGAGAAGCGCAUCAAAGUUUAA